CGUCGAAAAUGGCGAUUGAAGACUUCGCUCUUAUGCUUCUAACUGGUCUUGUCGCCCUGUUCCUCGUUGCAGUUCAUGCCCAGGAUGACCAAUCAGGCUUUGUAAGUAUAGACUGUGGACUGCCUCAAGAUGCGAACUACACCGACGCUAUCACCGGAAUAAACUACGUCUCCGACGCCGGCUUCAUCGGCACCGGAGUCAUCUCCUCAGCCGUCUCCGCCGCCGCAUCUCAGCCGUUCAAAACUCUCCGUAGUUUUCCCCAGGGAACAAGAAACUGCUACACCCUCCGGCCGUCCCCGGGGAAGGGCAGCAAGUAUCUAAUUAGGGCCGGAUUCUGGUACGGAAACUACGACGGCAAGAACCAACUCCCAGAAUUCGAUUUGUACCUCGGAGUCGAUUACUGGGACACUGUAACCUUAAACUCUUCAUCCCCAUCCUCCCUCGAGAUCAUUCACGUUCUCUCCUCUGACUUUCUUCACGUCUGUCUCGUAAACACCGGCCGUGGAACUCCGUUUAUCUCAACGCUUGAACUUAGGAACCUUAAUGUUACAAUGUACGCUACGACAGCCGGAUCGUUACAGACUUUCGCUCGGUUGGAUUUGGGGUCCACUUCCACUCGACCAAUCAGGUAUAGAGAUGACAUGAACGAUCGUGAAUGGACGCCGUACAACGACAUUGCUAAUACGACCGCAAUAAGCACCUCUCUAGACGUGGACUCGACCAAGGUUUUUAACGUUUUCCGACCGCCGUCCGAGGUGAUGAAAACUGCGGUGGUGCCGGAGAACGCGCGUAGCGGGCUAAGCUUCUCUUGGGAGGCGCAAAAUUUGGCGGACCAAUUUUACGUUUACAUGUAUUUUGCGGAGGUUCAAGUUCUGAAACCUAACCAAAGCAGAGUGUUCGAAGUGGAUCUGAACGGAGAGCUGUGGAGUGGACCUUUUGCUCCGGCUUAUCUGAUGGCCUACACAGUUUACAGUCCGGCGGCCGAGAAAACAAGAUUGUCGUACCAGGUCGUUUUCACCCAAAACAGCAAUUCUACUCUUCCGCCGUUGCUCAAUGCCAUCGAGAUCUAUAAGGUGAAGCUAAUCUUAAGCCCUCAGACUGUCGAUCAAGAUGUUGAUGCUAUCAUGAACGUUAAAUCGACGUAUGGGGUGAAAAGAAACUGGGAAGGCGAUCCAUGCAUACCCCAGGCUAAUAUGUGGGAUGGUCUCAGUUGUAGUCCUGACAGUAUUGGUACUCCCAGGAUUGUAUCCUUGAACCUGUCAAUGAGUGGAUUAACUGGGAAUAUAUCUUCUGACAUUUCUGGUCUAACCAUGUUACAAACUUUGGAUUUGUCAGGAAAUAAUUUGAGUGGGCAGGUGCCAAGUUUUCUAUCUCAACUGACCUUCUUGAGAGUGCUCAACUUGAAGGGAAAUAAUUUCACCGGUCCACUUCCACACGAACUCUUAGCAAAAUCUAAGGAUGGAUCACUCUCAUUGAUUGUUGGUGGAGAUGAUAAAAGCACAAGCACAGGAAAUACUAGUGAUGACAAGAAGAAGAAGAAGAAGGCUGUUGCUCCACUGGUGGCAUCAAUUUUGGGUGCAUUAACGUUUGGAGUCUUGGUUGUGUUACUAAUUGUGUGGAUGGUACGACGGAGAAAGCAACAAGGACCAAUUGCGAAGAUUGAAUCUCAGAGGAUGUUAGGCAAAGAAGUAGCUUUGGAGUUGGAAUUAAAAAGUCAACAAUUUACAUAUUCGAGUAUCCUUAAAAUGACAAAUAACUUGAAGACAAUCCUAGGCAAGGGUGGUUUUGGGACAGUUUACCUAGGUUACAAGGGAGAUUGCCCUAUUGCUGUUAAAAUGCUCUCACCAUCUUCAGUUCAAGGCUACAAGGAAUUUCAAGCAGAGGCAAGUUUGCUGGUAAAUGUUCACCACAAAAACCUCACCUCUCUAGUUGGUUAUUGUAUGGAUGGCCACAACUUGGGAAUCAUUUACGAGUACAUGGCAAAUGGAAACCUAGCAAACCAUCUCUCAGAAAAAAGUUCACAGAAUUUGAGCUGGAAAAAAAGACUGCAAAUUGCGUAUGAUGCAGCACAAGGAUUGGAAUAUCUACAUCAUGGUUGCACACCACCUAUAGUACACAGAGACAUUAAAUGCACCAAUAUUUUAUUAGACGAUAACUUCCGAGCCAAGCUAGCUGAUUUUGGGUUGUCACGAAUUUUUCCCGUGGACGGUAGCACCCAUGUAACUACGGUUGUGGCAGGAACUCGUGGCUAUCUUGAUCCCGAAUAUUAUAAGUCAAGCAGAUUGACGGAGAAGAGCGAUGUGUAUAGUUUUGGCGUGGUACUCCUAGAAAUAAUCACGGGGCGACGUGCUUUAGGAGAAAACGAUUAUAUUCACGUAAGCAAGUGGGUUAGUGGCAUGCUUGAUAAAGGGGGAAUAGGGCUAGUGGUGGAUUCAAGGUUACGUGGAGAUUUCAACGCUGAUUGUGCAUGGAGAGGUGUCGAGGUGGCAAUUGCAUGCGUUUCUCCCCAGCCAACAAAGAGGCCAACCAUGACUUUUGUGGUUUCAGAGCUCAAGGAAUGUUUAAUGGAGAUGAUGAAUCCUCCUGUGGUUCAAUCAGAGGAUUCAACGAGAAUGAUGUCUUUGAAUCUCCAUUCUUCCUUAAACCCUAUUCCAAGAUAGCAUUUAUACUUCUAGCAAUUAUUGAUUAUCCUCAGACCAUAUCCUUGAAUUGUAUUGGUUUGCAUGCAUGUGCUACGCAUUCUUGUUAUUAUGACAAUUUAUAUGUCAAGA